CAUCUAGUUCAAGCCUUCUCUCACUCACAAAUGCCACAUAGGCUAUAAGCAUUAGUCUUAUUCGUCCCUGUAUCUGCCCUAACAAUGGAAGCCAUGGGAGUCCUAAUGACAUACCCCAUGUCCUCAUACCUCGAACAACGACUCCAAAACCGCUUCACUCUCUUCCGCCUAUGGAACCUCCCCAACAAAACCCACUUCUUCAACCACAACGCUCAUAACAUCCAAGCCGUCGUCGGGAGCACGCACAUCGGUGCCGACCGAGAACUGAUCGACUCGUUACCGGCUCUCGAGAUCGUAUCGAGUUUCAGCGUCGGAUUAGAUAAGGUUGAUUUGGCGUAUUGUAAGGAGAAGGGGAUUAGGGUUACGAAUACACCUGAUGUGUUAACUGAUGAUGUGGCUGAUACGGCGAUUGGGUUGAUUUUAGCUACGUUGAGAAGGAUUUGUGAGGGUGAUCGGUUUGUUAGAAGUGGGUUGUGGAAGAAAGAUGAGUUCAAAUUAAGCGUGAAGUUCAGUGGCAAAAAAGUUGGAAUCUUAGGUUUAGGAAGAAUAGGCACAGCAAUUGCUAAAAGAGCUGAAUCAUUCAACUGCUCAAUCAGCUACCAUUCCAGAUUAGAGAAACCAGAAUCGAAAUACAAGUACUAUCCUAGUGUCAUUAAACUGGCUUCAAAUUGCGACAUUCUGGUGGUGGCAUGCGCGCUAACAGAACAAACACGACACAUAAUUAACCGUGAAGUCAUCGAUGCGCUUGGUCCCAAAGGGGUUCUGGUUAAUAUCGGCAGGGGGGCGCACGUUGAUGAACGUGAGUUGGUGUCUGCUCUUGUUGAAGGGCGGCUAGCUGGUGCGGGUCUUGAUGUGUUUGAGCAUGAGCCGCAGGUGCCUGAGGAGCUGUUUGGUCUUGAUAAUGUGGUGGUGUUGCCUCAUGUUGCGAGUAGCACUGUGGAAACCGAGAUGGCAAUGGCGGAUCUUGUUGUUGGGAACCUAGAGGCUCACUUUUUAAAGAAUCCCUUGUUAACUCCGGUGGUUUAACAAGAAAUAUCGUCGUGUAUCUACUUUUAAUCGUGUAUCUGACUUAAUUCUCCUUAGCAUUCUCAGUUUUGAUCAAAACCAUGUGCCUAACCACCAACUACGAAUGGUUUGGUGGUUUUAACCAAUUUUUCUUCAAAAUCAUUGGUUGAUAUUAUUAUUAUCAUCA